AUGAGAUAUCUGGUCGUUCUGGGCCUAAUCUUGAUCAGCACCGUGCUUUUUACAUCGGCUGGCAAGAAAUACAAAUGUGGUCCCAUUGUUAAGAAACACAACUGCGAGUGCAAAGCCAAAUCAGCGGGCCAAUUGAAACUUGAAGAUGGGAAAUUGCUGAUGUGUGAUGGCAGUGAUUAUAAACCUCUGCAGUUUGAAAUGCCUACUCCCAAAAAUUCAAGGGCGAAUCCAGCUUAUUCGUGUAAGGAAAUCAUGGAGGAAGAUUCCGCAGCCGACGAUGGAAUUUACUGGCUUACGUUCAAGAGUAAGAUCAAAAAUAUUUUUUAA